UGAGAUUAGUCUCAAAAUCAUCACAUCCAUUCCAGUGCUUCAGUGUUUCACGAGUGGUUCAUCAUGCCUUUAUUGUCCGUGGUUGUUCUGGUCUGCUGCCUCUUGGCCGCCGUGCUCUCGGCGCCAGCUGAGUUCUACACUUCGCAGUUUGACAACAUCGACAUCGAGAGCAUCUUGGAAAACGAGAAACUCCUGGAUAACUAUUACAAGUGCCUCAUGGACGAAGGGCCUUGCACCUUGGAGGGACGCACGUUGAAAAGUUUAAUUCCGGAUGCGUUGGAGACAGCAUGCGCCAAAUGCACGGACAAACAAAAGACGACUGCCCGACGGGUGAUGACGUUCUACGUGAACAAGUACCCCGCUAACUCCGCCAAGAUCAUCAAGAAGUACGAUCCAGAAAACAAGUUCAGGAAUGGAAUCGAAAAAGCACUCCUUGCAUCCCCUUAGUCCAAUAACGUAAAAUUGGCCUCCUCAUUUCAGGGAGGUCCUCAUCAACAAUGGCAUGAAAUUAGAAAGCGAGUUAUGAAUGAACUGACAUACC